AUGCCUGAUGUCUCUGGUGAACUACAGUGGUGCCUCGGUGUUCGAGCAGCGCCGUUGGCGAACAUUUGGGUUUACGAACACUGAACCUGGACGGAAAUGCUGCGGCUUCCGAGCACCUCUCGGAGGUCGAACAUGCCCCACGGCUCCCGCUGAGGGCAAGAUCCCGAGGCCCAGCUGUCAGCUGUGGAUCCCUCAGUUUUCCGACGUUUCAGAGCUCGAGCGGGCUCCAGAACAGAUCACAUUCGAAAACCGAGGUGCCACUGUAUUGAUUGUGUGAGAUUUGAGAGGUAAAAUCCAGGUAGACACUCUGGUUAUGCUUCAAAAUGCCACUGAAAGAAAAGCUUUGAAUUCUGGAGAUUUGAGGAAUAAAGUUUCCUAAGUCCCCCUGUGUCUGUAUAGAAACGACCUCAACGUGGGAGGAAGGUGCACGUGUACAAUUGUAAAACGAGACAGAAUGAAGAAUUUUCUCUUUCAGGGGCAAGAAACCACGAAGAAGGGAGUGUGAAUUUGAGCUCUGAGAUACUUCCCGUGACCUGUGGGGAGAAGAAAGGCAUGUUAUUUAUGAACAUGUUGGAACAAGGAACCACAACGAAGUGUAUACUAAGCCAGGAUGGAACUUGGUUCACCCCCAGGGAAUUUGAAAUCGAAGGAGGCUACCAAAAAUCAAGUAAUUGGAAGACCAGUUUGCGCUGUGGUGGGAAAACCCUAAAAUGCCUGAUGGAGGCAGGAAUAAUACGUACACUUCCAGGAAAAGGUGGCAAGAAGAAAAAGCUGGGAAAUUCAGACAUAUGUGAGAUCUGCCAGUAUGGAGAAAAUCUCUUCUGCUGUGAUACUUGUUUGAAAUUCUUCCAUGGGGACUGUCACCUCCCACCUGUGGAACCUAAGAGGAGCCCGUGGAGUUGCACCUUCUGCAGGAUGAAGGCGUCCUCAAGAAGUCAGCAGUGUCUCAGGGAAUCUGAGGUCCUGGCGAGGCAGAUGGGGCCCGAGGAGCAGCUGAAGUGUGACUUCCUCCUGCUGGAGCUCUACUGCCAUUCGGAGAGCAAGGAGGCGGUUCCACCUGGCUGUUUGAAUUUAGAGACUGUUGAGUGCAUGAAAGAUCUUUUGAUGUUGAAUGAAAUUAAGAAGAAGUUAAGUGAGCGGGGUUACCCGAAAGUGGAGGGGUUUGUUCAGGCCGUGCGCCACAUCUUUCAGGUCCACCGGGCAUCUAAAACGUGCAAUAACUUUUGCUGGGGAAUUAGACUGGAGGCGAAAUUUGAGCAGCAUUUCAAGGAAGUGUUUGCUGUUCAGGAAACAAAACAAGAACAUACAAACUACAAAAUUAAAUUAGAAAAAGAUGCAUGA